AUGCAUAGAAGAGCAGUUAUCGCAUUGAGCAUUGCAUUCGGUCUUCUCUUCCUUAUUGUCAUGGCUCUCGUCUCUCGACUUCUCGUGCACCGGCACUCCAAGGACAACAACCGGGACAUCUACACGGUGGACGGAGAUAGUGGAAAAUCGUAUCAGCCAUCUCGCACACCCAGCUCAUGGAAACAAUUGUUCGCCCCGAAACGGAAGGGCAACAAUUCGAAAUGGGUACCGACAUUGUCAGGAAUUGUCAAAGCUGGGGAUGAGGGCUUGUGCUCCUCCGCACUGUUCACCAACCCGCAUGGCCAUCCUGGGGAGGUUUCAUUCGAGGCAAUCUGCGAAACGUUCGCCAACGAACUCGGACCGCGAUCGAUGACGGAACGAUCUGCGUACUCUGGGGAGAUGGGCAGAUUUUUACUUUCGACAAAGCGGAGUGCGACCAGCCCCAAGAGGGUGCAAUCGAUGUCGUACAGGAGGACAACCACUGGGCGGGGAGAUGGAGCGCCGCUCGCAAAGAUGAAGAGUUUUGACAUGUCCGCCGUAGAGCGAGGAUUGGGACGGAGUCUCUCCAUCAAAAGACCGGCGCCAACUUUGGUUGCUAUGGAAAAUGGACUAGUCAAACAAGACAGCGCAAGUACUAUACAACGUACAUGGGUGAAGGACGGACGGCCAGCAGAGAACUACCAUGGACGAAUGGGCGUUAGACUGACAUCUGCGGAACUCGCAACGCUCUCUGUGCUGCUAGGCAGCCCCGUCAUACGUACUGCGAGCAACACUGGAACCAGCACUACACUCAUCGAGAAAGGCGCUUUUGGUAUCACAAUUCGAUGUGAUCCCAUCGAAGACGGGAGGUACCAGAUUUCGCUGAGACAACAUAAACGCAGUUUAUCCCAGCUGACGUCGAGCGGAUCGGGCCACUCAUCACUCUUUGCAAAGCACUUCGCUUGCGGCUCGUUGCCCUUCCAGCAAGAUGCGAAAUCGACCAGUAGCAUUCUCAUCACAAACGAAUCUUUCGAAGCUGUGCGUUCAGGUGUGCCACUUAGGAUCCACAAACGUUCUCAGCAGACACCGCAAACUAGGUUCCUCUCGAUGCUACCAAGCUCUCGCGAGCUUACCUUCCAUACUGUGGAAGUAUCAACAAGAUCAAGUCCAAUGACCCCGCUCGUCCAAGCUAUCGCAAUGCUUCCUUUCGUUGGCGGCCUUACGCCACUUGCUUCUGCACCGCUCAUCAGCACUGUUCGAUUUGUGGCCUCAGACGGCUUGACCCCCGGGCGCCUACUCCAGCGCCUUGAAGGCCUUGUCGACAAAGUACACAGACACUCACCACAACUUGAUAUCUUUGGACCUCUGCACAAGCCACAGAACGCAGGUCUCCUGUUCCGCGAACGCGAACGUCUUGGGAAAGUAGCAGCAGGCACCAUUACCGAAGCACUUGUGGACAAAGUCGCUCGCAUGCGGCGCUAUGUCACGCUUCUUGAACGUUUGAUGGCUCUCGUAUCUGACAUGAAACCGCAAGACGUCUUGAGGGUGGUACAAGAAGCGACCAAGCAUGAUAUUCAGCGCUCUUACGCCAACGCUGUAGAUGCCCAGGCCAGUGCCCUUGGCUCUCCAUCGAUAACACCAUUACCUAUCGUUGUCGACACACACUGUCCCGAAUCCGACCCAAGAAGCAAACGUCAUGCUUCCAACUCAUCACGUCCCUCGGCGUGCCGCUCCAGACGAUCAAGUCUAGAUUCCAACCGACAAUCCAUAACUUUCCCUGAACACAACCUAGGAAAGCAGGUCGAAACGCUCUUAAAGCUGGACUUACCAUUCAGUGUCGACAAUAUAGCUACGGUUGCAAGACUCGUGCUUGCAGCGUGGACGCAGAGCGUCGAGACUGUGGCUUGGGACGACGAUGAAGCCGGAUUCAACGUCCCUGACCUCAAUAAUCUCCCAGGCAAGAUGAUCCUGGUUUGA